AUCUUCCCCAAACAUUGGCUUUCCAAGGGACAAAUCCAAAUUUAAGUAAAUUUAAUUUAAUUUUUAAAAAGAAAUUUUAAUUUUGUUAAUCACCACAAUAUAUAACCUGCAUAUUAGUGCUAGUAACGAUGCCAUUAUAUUACGUGUUAUCACCAUUUGGACCAUUGUUACUUUCACUACCUUCUCCAAAAAAUCAAAGAUGGAACCUCAUCGUACCUCAGAUCUUCUUCCAUCCAUCAGAAUACACAAAGACAGCCGCGUCGAGCGACUUAGCGGCAACGACGUCAUCCCAGCCUCACUAGACCCACAAAACGACGUCGUGACAAAAGACGUCGUGUACUCACCAGAACAUAACCUCUCCAUACGUCUCUUCCUCCCUCAUAAAUCGACAAAACUCGCCGCCGGUGAAAAACUACCUUUACUUAUCUAUUUCCACGGCGGAGCUUACAUCAUGGAGUCCCCUUUCUCCCCUGUUUACCAUGACUACCUCGCAGAGGUCGUCAAAACCUCUAACUGCCUCGCCGUAUCGGUUCAGUACCGCCGUGCACCGGAACAUCCGAUACCGGCGGCGUAUGAAGAUUCUUGGUCCGCAAUUCGGUGGAUAUUUUCUCAUUCUGAUGGGUUCGGUGAAGAGGUUUGGAUCAACGAACUCGCCGACUUCGGCAGAGUCUUUGUCGCCGGAGAUAGCGCCGGAGCUAACAUAUCUCAUCACAUGGCGAUAAGAGCAGGCAAAGAGAAGCUCAACCCUAGAAUCAAAGGAGUUGCUAUGGUGCAUCCAGGUUUUUGGAGUAAAGAUCCGGUCGACGAGAAAGACGUGCAAGAUGAAAGAAUCAGAAGCCAAGUGGCAGAAGUUUGGGAGCUAGCGAGUCCGAAUAGUGUAGAUGGCGUGGAUGAUCCGUGGUUGAACGUUGUCGGAUCCGGGUCGGAUAUAUCCGGAUUGGGCUGUGAGAGGGUUUUGGUUGCAGUUGCUGGAAAAGAUGUGUUUGGACGGCAAGGGUUGGGUUAUGCGGCGAAGCUGGAGAAGAGUGGGUGGAGAGGAGAGUUGGAAGUGGUGGAGGAAGAAGAGGAAGGACAUUGCUUCCAUAUCCAUAACGCUAACUCUGAAAAUGCUUUGAAGUUGAUGAAGACAUUUGUGGCGUUCAUAUCAUCAUCCUCUGUCGAAGAGUAGUAAUAUUUGUUUCUUGUUGCUCAAGUAUGGAAUUAAAAGAUAAUAUUAAAA